AUGUAUUUAAAAAACAAUAUUAUUUUAGUUUUAAAAAAAGAAAAGAAAUUGAAAUCUUUGAUUUUUUAGAAUAUCUAAGUGACUACUUAUGCAAGAAAUCCUAAUAUGGCUGCGCCCAUAGAUUAUGUCUACUUUGGUUACCCUAUCAUACAGUGUGGUCCCACUAACUUACAUUUACAAAAACAUAUUUCCAUGUUUAGAAUGGAUUUUCGGAAGCAGGUUUCAUUCUACUUGGGGAAAACAGCUGGUAGACGAUGGAAGGAUAUAAUAAGUGAUAUCAUCGCGGUAAUUGGAGGGAUAAAACCAUGUUUUCUGUAUGAUUAUUCAACAUGCGAUUCAAAAUCACUGGACAAACUUGCUGCUGAACUGGAAUCCAUGUGCAACUCGAAGUGCCAACCAAAGAAAGUCGAGCAUUCCACAUCAGUUGAAAUUGAUAAUGGUCGUGUUGAUAAACAGGAUAGUACGGUAAAUUCGGGGAUUAGAACAACUGGUGUAUUGAAUGUUAAGGACGACAUAUUUGUCAUCAACAAGCAAAUUAUGAGAAGGAAACUUGCGCAGUUUGUUUCAAAACUGACUGAUGAAUAUGCAAGGUCAGAACAAAAUAACCUAAGUGAACGAGUUUGUACCUUCAUAGAUGUUAGUGGGAAACUACCAAAUCCGACCUUGGCAGACAGAAAGAUUACUGAGGAGAUGAUGAUAAUAUCUAAGGACAUUUUAAGACAAGUUGAAGCUGGAUUUGCUGACCCUAGGCAUAGCUCUGGAGAUCUGAUAUUGACGCUUCAACUUGAAGACGAUUGGAAUGUCUCUACAAUUUUUGGCCUUCUCCUUGGAUAUCCAGUAUUGUACUGGUAUCAAGUUGAUAUUCAGGACAACUGCCUAGCUCACACUCCUCUCCAUGUGUUCAAAUGUAAAUGUGACUGUGUGGUAAAACCGUUUACAUCCGAUUCUGUGAAUGUUGGCACAUCUUGUACCAUUUUUGAAAACGGCAAUCAUGUUAUUUACUCUUUCAGUAUUCCCAGCAGCUUACUGGACUAUGCAAGCAAGCUUAUUUCAGAAUGGAAAGAUUAUAUUUAUCAUGUCGUAGGUCUGUGUGAAUACUUCACUUCUGUUUCUUUUGAAUGUUCCACAGUAACUUUACCAGCAGUUGCAUUGUGAAUGACACGUUUUGAGUGCAAAAGUGUGGUCACAUUUCGAGAAUAACAUAUAUUGAAUCGAUCAAAUCAUUUGUUCAUUGUAAGUUCAGUAGGCCACUUGUAGACUGAUUACUGACUUUACUUAGUACAGGUUUAAUUGAAAUGGCCUCUGAAUCUUUCAAUUACAUGUACCGGUAUAUAAUUUAUACCAAUGUCAAAGUUGUGGAGUUGGUAAAACAAAUAAUGGUUUGUUAAAGCUUAUCUGCCCUAGUUUACAGGAGGGAUUAGAGCGCCCAGCAAGGUCACUGGACAGGUGGUUA